CCACUUCUCUUCUCUCUAAGCUCCAGCUCCCUCCGAAAGCGGGAAGUUCUUUUCCGUACAACAACAUGGCCGCCUCCUGACUAGGGUCCCCACCCCCGGGAGGAGGAGUAAGAAAGAAGAGAAAGCGGUUGCCGUAAAGGAAGGAGUUCUUCCUUUCCUUCCACUUCCACCCCUCCCCCGCCCGUCACAGGUGUCGCAAACCGGUGAAUGGAGAGGGAGUUGGGGGAGUGGGAGGAGGAAGGAAAGAAAGGUAUCAGCGAGUCCGGACGGCGCUGCCCGGAGUUUCUGGUGGCGGCGGCCGCCGGAGCCAGUAGCCGGAGCUGGGCCUCGGGUAGACGGCACAAAGGAGAGAGAAGGCGGGGGAGAUUAAAUCCAAGCUGCCGGUACUUCUGUUGCCCGGGCCUGUGGAGAAGGUGGCGGUAGAGUCCUCUCUUCCUGAGCGAGGGAGAAGAUGGAUCCCAACCGGAUCAUCCAGGCGCUGAAAGGCACCAUAGAUCCCAAACUGCGGAUAGCGGCCGAAAAUGAGCUCAACCAGUCUUACAAGAUUAUCAAUUUUGCUCCGAGUCUGCUUCAGAUUAUAGUCUCAGACCAAGUUGAAUUCCCAGUACGUCAAGCAGCUGCCAUUUACCUGAAGAACAUGGUGACGCAGUACUGGCCAGAUCGAGAACCCCCACCUGGAGAAGCAAUAUUUCCAUUCAACAUUCAUGAAAAUGAUCGCCAGCAGAUUCGAGAUAACAUUGUGGAAGGAAUAAUUCAGUCUCCAGAUUUAGUGAGGGUCCAGUUAACAAUGUGUCUCCGUGCCAUCAUUAAGCAUGAUUUUCCUGGUCAUUGGACUGCUGUGGUAGACAAGAUAGGCUAUUACUUACAAUCUCAAAGCAGUGGAAGCUGGCUUGGAAGCUUAUUAUGUCUAUAUCAGCUUGUGAAGACAUAUGAAUACAAGAAAUCAGAGGAAAGAGAACCUCUUAUAGCAGCAAUGCAAGUAUUUUUGCCUCGAAUUCAGCAGCAAAUUAUACAGCUUCUUCCUGAUCCAUCCCAUUACUCUGUACUUCUUCAGAAGCAGAUUCUGAAAAUUUUCUAUGCACUUGUUCAGUAUGCAUUACCACUUCAAUUGGUGAACAAUCAAACUAUGAUGCAUUGGAUGGAGAUAUUUCGCACUAUUAUUGAUAGAAUAGUUCCCCCUGAGACUUUACAGAUUGAUGAAGAUGAUAGACCAGAAUUGGUAUGGUGGAAAUGUAAGAAGUGGGCACUACACAUUGUAGCUCGUCUUUUUGAACGAUAUGGAAGCCCAGGAAAUGUGACCAAGGAAUAUUUUGAAUUUUCAGAAUUCUUUCUGAAAACUUAUGCAGUAGGAAUCCAGCAGGUGCUUUUAAAAAUUUUAAACCAGUAUAGACAGAAAGAAUAUGUAGCUCCACGUGUUCUUCAGCAAACAUUAAACUAUCUUAAUCAAGGGAUAAUUCAUUCUAUUACUUGGAAACAGAUGAAGCCACAUAUACAGAAUAUAUGUGAAGAUGUGAUUUUCACUGUGAUGUGUUAUAAAGAUGAGGAUGAAGAACUAUGGCAAGAGGAUCCAUAUGAAUAUAUACGAAUGAAGUUUGAUGUUUUUGAAGAUUAUGCAUCCCCAACAACAGCAGCUCAGAAUCUGUUAUAUACUGCAGCAAAGAAAAGAAAAGAGGUGUUACCCAAAAUGAUGUCAUUCUGUUAUCAAAUCCUUACAGAACCAAACUUUGACCCCAGGAAGAAAGAUGGAGCAUUGCAUGUAAUAGGUUCCCUAGCUGAUAUUUUAUUGAAGAAGAGUAUGUUCAAGGACCAAAUGGAAUUAAUGCUGCAGAAUCAUGUAUUUCCAUUGUUUUUGUCUAACCUGGGAUACCUCAGAGCAAGAUCCUGUUGGGUUCUUCAUUCAUUUAGUACUUUGAUAUUUCAUAAUGAGCUCAACCUAAGAAAUGCAGUUGAACUAACAAAAAAGAGCCUCAUUGAAGAUAAGGAGAUGCCUGUCAAGGUAGAAGCUGCAGUUGCUCUUCAGUCAUUAAUUUGUAACCAGGAACAAGCCAAAGAAUAUGUGAAGCCACAUGUGAGGCCUGUCAUGCAAGAACUAUUACACAUUGUUAGAGAGACAGAAAAUGAUGAUGUUACCAAUGUCAUCCAGAAGAUGAUAUGUGAGUACAGUCAAGAGGUGGCUACUUUCGCUGUGGACAUGACCCAGCAUUUGGCUGAGAUAUUUGUCAAAGUUCUUCAUAGUGAUGAAUAUGAAGAAGUAGAGGACAAAACUGUUAUGGCUAUGGGAAUUUUACAUACUAUCGACACUAUUUUGACAGUUGUGGAAGAUCAUAAAGAGAUAACUCAGCAGUUGGAGUGCAUUUGUCUUCGGAUCAUUGGUCUUGUUUUGCAAAAGCAUGUGAUAGAAUUUUAUGAAGAAAUUCUCUCAUUGGCAUAUAGUUUGACUUGUCAGAUGAUUUCACCUCAAAUGUGGCAGCUGUUAGGUAUAUUGUUUGAAGUUUUUCAGCAGGAUUGCUUUGAAUAUUUUGCAGACAUGAUGCCUCUCCUGCACAAUUAUGUUACUAUAGAUACGAUUACUUUAUUAUCCAAUCCCAAGUAUCUAGAGAUAAUUUACACAAUGUGUAGGAAGGUCUUGACUGGAGAUGCAGGAGAAGAUGCAGAAUGUCAUGCAGCCAAACUUUUGGAAGUAAUUAUUCUUCAGUGCAGAGGAAGAGGAAUUGAUCAGUGCAUUCCACUGUUUGUAGAAGUUGUGUUGGAAAGAUUAACCAGAGGGGUUAAAACAAGUGAACUCCGUACCAUGUGUCUUCAAGUUGCUAUUGCUGCCUUGUACUACAAUCCUGAUCUGCUUUUGCAUACCUUAGAAAGCCUUCAUUUUCCACAUAAUCCUGGACCUAUAACUGCACAGUUUAUAAAUCAGUGGAUGAAUGAUACUGAUUGUUUUCUUGGGCAUCAUGACAGGAAGAUGUGUAUUAUAGGUCUGAGCAUCUUGCUGGAAUUACAAAAUCGACCUCCUGCAGUAGAUGCUGUGGCUGGACAAAUUGUUCCUUCAAUUCUUUUUCUUUUCUUGGGCCUCAAACAAGUCUGUACUACUAGACAGCUUACAGACCAAAGACAUCAUUCUAAAGAGGAAAAGGCAGAUGUAGAAGAUAAUGAGGAAAUUCCAAGUGAUGAGGAAGAUACAAAUGAAACUAGUCAAACAAUGCAUGAGAAUAAUGGAGGAGGAGAUGAAGAUGAAGAAGAAGAUGAUGAUUGGGAUGAAGAUGUUUUAGAAGAAACUGCUCUUGAAGGAUUCAGCACUCCACUUGAUCUUGAAGAUAGUGUCGAUGAAUAUCAGUUUUUUACACAGGCUCUGUUAAAUGUGCAACAACGGGAUGCUUCCUGGUACCAUUUGUUGACAGCACCACUAAGUGAAGAACAGAAGAAAGCAUUACAGGAAAUUUACACAUUGGCCGAACACCGGAGAAAUGCUGCAGAGACAAAGAAGAUUGAACAAGGAGCCUUCACCUUUGAUAAUAAAGGCAUCCUUUCAGCAUUUAACUUUGGGACUAUACCUAGCAACAAUUGAAGAAAAAAUUCAAAGACUGAAUUUCAUCAUUAGAUUUUAUUUCAAGUGGUUAUUGACUUUUGAGGGUUAAGGGGAAGAAUUUAGAGUUUUCCUAAGUGUCUUGCUCUACCAGUUUCCUUAAGCAGCACUUUUAUCUCCUUUUCCUGAUCCUGGUAUUUUAAACAGCCACAGUAAUGUAUGAAAUUAAAAAAGAAAAAUGUUGGACUUAAAAAACCAACGAUAUACUCCAAAGGGUGAUUGACUGAGGUAGAUUUGAAUCAAAUUGCACUUCUCAGGUUUUUGCCAUGCAGAAUUGUUUGAUUUAUACCUGGAUAACAGUGCCUUCUGUUGUACAUGGAUUGCCUGGAAAAAAAAAAAAAAAGCAAAAACAAAACAUGGAGUGCAUUGCAGUUUUUUAAUCAUAUAUUGUAUGACUUGGUUAUGUGUUUUCCUGUUCUGCAUUUUACUACAUGAAUUUAUUAUUUGAUGUUUAGUUAUAAUUCACUUUGGUUUUAAAAACAUAAUUGCUACCCCUCUCAAGAGAUGUCUCUGGGAAAUUUCUUCAGGAUUUGUAAAAUAUGCAUGGCACUGAUAAAAGUUUCAUUUGUGAAAAUGUUCAUAUGUUUCUUUUUGAAGACUAUUACACAAUUUCCUCUACACUUGCCUCUUCUCAAACCCUUUUCUGUUCCAAAAGAUUUAAGAUUUUUCUUUCAGGGACGGUCAAUCUGAGAAUUAUCCUAGUACCUUCAGGACCCUCUUACUGGCAGAAAGUAAUAACACUUAUGAGCAGGUGUUGUGAACAGUAAAGGAGCUAUGUAUAUAGUCGUGUGAUUUUAAUUAUAUUAAUUCGUUGCUAUAUUUAAAGCACAUUGAAAUCCCAGAAGAAAUAUAUGCUAUUUGGGCAUGCCAUCUUUCUGGGUAUGAGGCAUUUCUUUAAAAAAAAAAAAUCCAUUAUCAUUCCAGCUGUAUUUUGAGAGCAGUAGGGUCUAAAACA